AGGUUUUUUAUCCACAAAAACUAUGCAAAUUGCAAUGGUUUAUGAUCGGUUAAUUUCCAUCACAUAUCUAGAAUCAAAGACAUGAAAACAAAACUAUUAAAUACCUUUAUUAAAUACCCAGUUAAAAGAAAUUUAUAUACAAGAGUACAAGCAAGACACACAGAGAGAAGUUAGAGAAAGAAUUGCAGAGAUUGACUCAUGUUUUCUAUUGGGUUCACUGCUGUUUAUUCAGUUUGCAGUGAUGCAGCUGGGGUUGCUGGGAACCUGUUUGCUUUUGUCUUGUUUGUAUCACCCAUACCUACAUUCAGGAGAAUUUUAAGAAGCCAGUCGACAGAACAAUUCUCAGGAUUGCCUUACAUUUACGCUCUUUUGAACUGCUUGAUCUGUCUCUGGUAUGGCAUGCCCCUUGUAUCGCCUGGUAUUAUAUUGGUUGCCACAGUUAAUUCAACUGGAGUGCUCUUUCAGCUAAUUUAUAUUAGCAUCUUCAUCAAAUAUGCUGAAAAACCCAAAAAGUUGAAGAUGUCUGGAUUGUUAAUGGCAGUUUUUGCACUGUUCAGUAUCAUAGUCUUUGUGAGCAUAAAACUUUUUGACUCCAGUGUGCGGCGGACUUUUGUUGGAUACUUGAGUAUUGCUUCUCUGAUUUCUAUGUUUGCUUCACCUCUAUUUGUCAUUAAAUUGGUCAUUAAAUCAAGAAGUGUUGAAUAUAUGCCCUUCUAUCUUUCUCUUUCAACCUUCUUGAUGAGUUUCUCAUUCUUUGUGUAUGGAAUGUUCAAGGACGAUGCUUUCAUUUUCGUCCCGAAUGGCAUUGGAACACUUCUGGGGAUUGUACAGUUAAUGUUGUAUUUCCAUUAUAGCUCUAAAUCUGGGGAAAAUUCAAGAGAGCCGUUGUUAGAUUCAUAUGCGUAAAUGUAUCCACCAGCAAUAGCGAGCUUCGUGCAUGGUAGUCAAUUUUUUUUGUGUAGCAGAUGAGUGUGCCAUCAAAAUCUGCAUAAUGAAUAAUGCAAUAGGAAUUCAUGUCAUCUGAAUGACAUAAUUGCUCUUAAAGUCCAUUGGUGUUCCAAUUGAUAUGAACCACUGAGUGAAAUAUCAGUAUGAAGCAUUUCUGAACUCUCCCAAAUCAGUCACUUGACUAAUUGGCAAUCUAUGCGUAGCUCAUUGCUCUACUGAGAACAGAGACAGCAUAGAGGUAAUGGCUGGAGGUCGAUAGACGAUAACUGGGAAGUUUAGUUUAUUUUAAUUUCGGCUUCAUCCUUGCAUAGCCAGAGGUCUUUCUUCAGUUCUUUGUGCCAAUCACCGACCAGUGAAAAAACAUGAAUUAUUUAUGUUCCAGUCAUCAUAUCUGUGUUAUCACUCUCAAUGUUGUAUUAUUGAAGAUGCACCUCAAACAACUUCUAAGUUAAUGAGAUUUAAUGUUCUCAGUGAUUUGGCCA